AUGAGAGAGCACCAUGCAGGGAGAUACCGCUGUCACUAUCUCAGCCCUGCAGGCUGGUCAGAGCACAGUGAAGCCCUGGAGCUGGUGGUGACAGCCCACAGAAAACCCACUCUCUCAGCCCUGCCGAGCCCUGUGGUGACCUCAGAAGAGAAUGUGACCAUCCAGUUUAGCUCAAGGGUGGGAUUUCACAGGUUCAUUUUGAUUGAGGAAGGAGAAAACAAGCUCUCCUGGAUGCUGGACUCACAGGAACUCUCCAAGGGGUUGUCCCUGGCCCUGUUCCCUGUGGGCCGUGUGACCGCCAGUCACCGAUGGAUGUUCAGAUGCUAUGGGUAUUACAGGAACAUCCCCCGGGUGUGGUCGGAAGCCAGUGAUACCAUGGAGAUCCUGGUCUCAGGCAUGUCUAGGAAGCCCUCUCUCCUGACCCUGCAGGGCCCUGUCGUGGUCCCUGGAGAGAACCUGACCCUGCAGUGUUGCUCUGAUUUCGGCUACGACAGAUUCGCUUUGUACAAGGAGGGGGGACAUGACCUCUUCCAGGGCUCUGGCCAGCAGCCCCAGGCUGGGCUCUCCCAGGCCAACUUCACCCUGGGCCCUGUGACGGUCUCCCACGGGGGGCAGUAUAGAUGCUACGGUGCACACAACGUCUCCUCUGAGUGGUCGGCUCCCAGUGACCCCCUGAACAUCCUGAUCUCAGGGCAAAUCCCUGACAGACCCUCCCUCUCAGUGCAGCCAGGCCCCACAGUGGCCUCAGGAGAGAACGUGACCCUGCUGUGUCAGUCACGGAGCCCGAUGGACACUUUCCUUCUGACCAAGGAUGGGGCAGCCCAUCACCCACUGCGUCUGAGAUCAGAGCACCAAGCUCAGCAGCACCAGGCUGAAUUCCCCAUGAGUCCUGUGACCUCAGCCCACGCAGGGACCUACAGGUGCUACAGCUCACGCAGAUUCUUCCCCUACCUGCUGUCUCACCCCAGUGACCCCCUGGAGCUCGUGGUCUCAGAUGAGGGAGCAGCUGAGACCCUCAGCCCAUCGCAAAACAAGACAGACUCCAAGACUGCCUCACACCACCAGGAUUACACAGUGGAGAAUCUCAUCCGCAUGGGCGUGGCUGGCUUGGUCCUGGUGGUCCUCCGGAUUCUGCUGUUUUAGGAUUGGCACAGCCAGAGAAACCCCCAAGAUGCAGCCAGGAGGUAAACACAAGAGAGAACAAUGCACCCUUCAGAGUGCUAGAGCUUUGGCAAUGAAUCUGAUAGUCCCAAGAGGUUCUGGAAGAAAGUCUGGACCAUCAUUCGGGGAACUGUCUACUGAGAAAGUCGAGAAGGGGAGGCUUGGGUCGGGUGCAGGAAGAUGUCUGGGUGCCUGUAGAGAACGCUUCCUCUGUUAAACCUCCAUUAAACGGCAGUGCUUUC